AUGCGAGGAGGUGGUCACAUGCCCAUUGCGGACGCUGCAAACAUCAAUUCGACUGGUGUUCUCAUCUCCAGUACCAACUUGAACACGCUUCAGCUGUCUGACGAUAAGGAGACUUUGUCGAUCGGACCUGGCCCGCGGUGGGGAGACGUGUUUGAGUACAUGGAUGGCUCCAACGUGACCAUUGUUGGAGGACGUUUGGCGCCUGUUGGCGUCCCAGGCCUACUUCUAGGAGGAGGAAUUAGCUAUUAUAGCUAUUCACUGGGCCUUGGAGCGUCCAAUGGGAAGAUCAAGGCAUACGAGGUAAUAUCUUCACGUGUAUAUCUGCGCAUCACCCGCUUAUAUCAGGUUCAGACAGUUCUAGCAGACGGUACUAUCGCCACUGUUACGGCCGACAACGAAUACGCCGAUCUUCACUGGGCUCUCGGUGGCGGUGGAAACUCCUUCGCCUUGAUCACGCGCUUCGACCUUCAGGCCUUCUAUGCGCCCACACCCCUCGUAGCAAACGCCGUGUACGGCGACACCAACGAGACCAGAGAUGCAUACAUCGACGCCCUGGUCAACUUCGCCAACAACGGCGACCAAGACACCGGUGCUGCUGUCACACCCGUUGCUCGCUGGGGUCCAAACUACACAGCCCCUUCGUACGAAGCAACUCUCUUCUUCAACGGAACGACCGCGCCAACCUCCGGCCCCUUCGCCGACUUCUACUCCGGAGCUGCUUUGCAAGCAGUCAACGACUCCUCGACCCUCCAGCCCACCACCCUCGCCGAGACCGCCAGACUCCUACGACCAGCCUUCGAAGUCGGUGGCCCAGGACACGGAUUCAGGCAGAAGUUCUGCGUGGAGCCGAUCAAGGCGACCAAGGAAGCGGCACGGAUUGUCCACGACAACUUCUUCAACAGCCUCGCCGCCAACGGCCUCGCCAACCGCGCCCCAGGCUUCUUCACCGGUCUCGCCUUCAACGCCGUCACGCCCACGAUGGCUCGUCAGUCCGCCGGCCUGCCCCAGAACAUCCCGGACGAGGCGGCGUUCUGGAUCGAGCAGCCCGUCUCGUGGUCUAAUGCUGCCAACGACGCCGAGAUCGAGGAGUGGCUGGUCAGCGCUGAUGCGGCGAUGGACGAGGAGCUGGGGAAGAUCAAUGGCACGAAUCGGUACCUCUACCUCAACGAUGCCGACGCGGGUCAGGACGUGUUUGCGAGCUAUGGAAAGGAGAGCGUGGACAGGUUGAAGGAGAUCAGGGCCAAGUAUGACCCCAACAAGGUUUAUACUGAGCUGAUGCCCCGAGCCUUCAAGGUGGAUGCUGCCAAGGAGCUUUAA